AUGCAUUCCUCUCGGCGUUUAAUAUCACUAUUGCUGGUAUGUAUCCUCUCAAAGUGUGCUACCAGUGCCCUUGUGAAACAGGACUGGACUAUCACAUGGGAGCCAGGUGCGCCAAACGGCCAGGAACGACAAAUGAUCAAGAUCAAUGACCAAUUCCCGGGCCCAACGAUUCUCUGCGACGAAGACGAUGAUGUGCAAGUCACAGUUCACAAUAAAAUGCCCUUUAACACUACUGUGCACUGGCAUGGGCUAGAAAUGCUGGGAACACCCUGGUCGGACGGGACUCCAGGCAUGUCUCAAAAACCAAUAGAGAUGGGUCAAAGCUUCGUCUAUCGAUUCAAGGCCUCCCCUGCAGGAACCCACUGGUACCAUUCUCACUCACGCGCUACUGUCCUCGAUGGUCUUUACGGGCCUAUAUUCAUUAGGCGCAAGCCAGAUGCUCAGGCACCAUGGCAUCUCAUCAGCAACGAAGAGGAUGACAUCAAUGCCAUGAAGCGCGCGGCUGUCGACCCCAAACUAGUGAUGGUGUCUGAUUGGACUCGCUUUAUGUCCUGGGAGUACAUGGCAGCCGAGGAGAGCUCCGGAAUGGCCAUCUUCUGCUCGGACAGUAUCCUUGUAAACGGCAAAGGAAGCCUGUACUGCCCUGGGGUCGACAUGUUGAUCAACCAUACUAGCACGUACAUGAAGUAUGGCCUAUAUCCUCGACAGGUUAACGACAAGGGAUGCUUUCCGUUCAUGAGGUCAACUCAAGGCCCAUAUUUGACUGCAGGGAAGCCUGAGGCAAUCCCAUUACACCUACAGGAUGGAUGCGUACCUGCCGAGGGCACCAACGAAACAAUCGUCGUUGACCCAAAAGAAGGAUGGGUCAGUCUCAACUUUAUUGGAGGUGCGACGUUCAAGACAAUUGUUUUCUCCGUUGACGAGCAUGACAUGUGGGUUUACGAAGUCGAUGGACAUUACAUCGUCCCACAGCGCGUUGACACGGUGCACAUGUACGCAGGCGAACGCUAUGCCGUUAUGGUCAAGUUGGACAAACCUGCCAAGGAUUACACAAUCCGUGUGGCAGAUAGUGGCUUGACUCAAGUCAUAUCAGCAUUCGCCACCCUUCGAUAUAAGGGCGGUGUUCAAGGAGGCGAGACGCAAGGUGUGAUUGACUACGGCGGCCAGAACAGCACCAUUGACAGGACGGUCGUUACGCUGGAUCGUGAUCAUCUGCCCCCUUAUCCGCCCAAUCCACCAGCCCGCAAGGCAGAUGUGAUGCAUGUCCUAUCAACGCAUCGAUGGAAGAGUGCUUGGCAGUACACCAUGUCUGGGCAUGGUAUGUACGAAGAGGAUCGUAGUGCAUAUGGCCCUCUUCUAUAUGAUCCUCACUCUGCGGACGCGAUGGAUGAAGGCCUUGUUAUUCGUACAAAGAAUGGAAGCUGGGUCGAUCUAGUUAUACAGGUCGGCUCACAGCCUGGUCAGCCUCAGGAAUUUCCUCACAUGAUGCACAAGCACACCGGAAAGACAUGGCAGAUAGGGGCCGGGAUGGGAAUUUGGAACUACUCUUCUGUCGAGGAGGCCAUGACUGCCGAGCCGAACAACUUCGAUCUCGAGACGCCCAAAUGGAGGGACACUUUUGUAACUUCAUUUGAUGGUUCAGCGUGGCUCGUGCUGCGGUACCAGGUCACAAACCCUGGUCCGUGGCUUUUCCACUGCCACAUCGAAACGCAUCUGGCCGGUGGUAUGGCUAUCGCGAUCCUGGACGGGAUUGAUGUCUGGCCGCAGAUUCCUCCUGAAUAUGGACCUGACCAGAGGGGCUUUAUGCCGGGCACGCUUCAGGAGCUAGAGAGUCAAGGGCUAGACAGCUCGAUACAGAAACAAUGUCCGUUACUGGCAGCUUCUCCAAGUGGUAGCUCCAAGAAGAAUGGGGAGGAUACAUCUGCUGAUGAUUCACGAUGGGAGACUUUGGUUCGGGGAUUGAUUCGGGUGUUGCAGGGUUGGCUUUCAGACAAGUCGAGCGACAAUACUUCUUAG